AUAUCUUGGCUAUGCAGUCAGAUUACAGGGCGUCGGUUAUUAACCACAUGAGUUGUCGGCAGCGAGUAACGUUUGAGGAGAUUUUACCAUCCUCUACUCCAUUGCCUGCCGUGGAUCUUCUGAAGAAACUUUUAGUAUUUAAUCCUGAUAAACGACUCACAGCAGAGGAGGCUCUGCAGCAUCCCUAUGUGAAAAGGUUUCACUGUCCUGCCAGGGAGCCCUGUCUGGAUUAUGAUGUGGUUCUUCCUUUAGGUCAUGAUAUCCAGCUGUCUGUGGCAGAAUAUCGAAAUAAAUUAUAUGAGAUGAUCCUUGAGAAGAAGCUCAGUAGCCAUCCAAAGGUGCAAGUGCAGAGAGAAAACAUUCAGCUCAGUCAGUCUAAAUCCAGGCCAUUUCCUCCAAACUCCAGUUCUGUAACUUCACGUACCAGGAAAGGCCAGAGAGAACCAACACAACCUCUUCUAAAAACUUCCCACGUGCAUGCUGGAAGCACAGCUACCGUCCAGCCAGACGUAUCCAACCAGAGUGAAGGUUUAGCAAGAACUUUACGGCAGAGAUCAAAGACCAGUGUGAUCUACAAUCCCAUAACACAUGCUGCUGUCCAAAGCAAUGCAAACUCUGGUGCUGUGAUCAGGAGCCGUUGGGCCCCACCUUUUCAACAGGCCAGAGACUUCAACAAUAGGAGGCUGGGGAGAGAAAUCACAUGGGCCAAUGCAAAUGCUCGGCUGCCUCCUACAAGUGUACAGGACCUUUAUAAUAAUCCAAGAAAUACUGAGAUUCACAGCAAAGAUGUUCGUCCUCUUCUGAAGUCCAGUAAAAAGAUGUUCCAGAUUACUGCAAACGUGGGAGCCGCUGGUGAUCCGAAAGCAUCAAUGGGCAGUUACUCCCAGGCAUAUGGAACCAUAUGUAAAUCUGCGCUGCAGAGGCUUCCAGUACCAAAGUCCUCCCAACAGCAUGAGCAGUGA